UGGUUGCAUUGUUGUUGCUGUAUCCUAUUGUUGGAUACUUUUUGUUUUGUUAGCAUGUCAAAUUUCCGUUUCUACACUUCUUCUCUGGUCAGACGACAAAAUUCACGGGAGCUUCAUGGCGUGCAACUUUAAUUCUAACCAGUUUGAACGGGCCUACAACCCAAAAGCCCUUGGAAAUUGGCAAGUGCCGGUACGAAAAUCGGAGAGGCCAAAGACUCGAACUGGACGCACCGAAUUCAUUGCCGACCACAGGGGUCACCUGCUGCCCGAGGUGGCGUGCAGCAAACGCACUGCCAGACCCUGGAACUGCGGCCCGUUCACGGCCUGGGACUAUCCCAAGAAGAUCACGAGAUCCUACGCAAAACAAAUGGAGACGGCCGCCAACAAAAGAUUCUCGGCGUGGCUCAAACGCUCGGCCCACAUUCCCCUGCCGCAGCAAGAGGCGCCUCCGACCCCUUUGCCUCCAGCUCAUUCGCGCGUGGACAGCGUCCCGAAAAGCAGCAGAUCGUCGUCGGUGGGACAACUGAGUGAAGUCCGUUCCGUUCAAAGCAGCACUCGCACUUCCAACCGGCCUCGCACGGCGUCCGUCGCGUCCCAACGAAGCGCCUCUGUGGGCUCAACCAAAACCUCUUCCUCCACCAAACUACCCCCUCCAGCUAAUUCGCUCAACAGUUCGCAGAGUCCACCUCCAUUAGCAAAAGCCUAUUCAACUAUGCAAGCGGCGAAAAUUCUGGCCAGCGAGAGCCAUACGCACCAGCCGUUGGCCGACGCAGUAGUCGACCCUGUGCUCCACACCCCAAUUAUCAAUAAAAAACAUCAACUCACAACAAAAGAGCAAGGAACAUCACCUCGUACCCUGAGCACCCCUAAAAAGCGCCCCAGCACUUGCCACCCGCUUCAAAAAGUGACCGAAAUUGACCUUGCGAUUCGGUGGGACCUGCCCGGCGGAGAAAAACUGUUGAGUCAACACCCCUCAAAAUUUGCCCCCGCAGUGUUCAAUUUAGUUGCCCCCGUCGAGGAGAUUCCGCCCUUGGCCUUGGAAAGCGCCUUCCAAAAAACUUCGUCCCCAGCCCCAGUGAAAGCAAAAAACCCGGGGUUGGCAAAGCACAGGUCGAAGAGCGCCUCGAAUUUGGCGGCAAAGCCGUCCAAGUCUGAAAUGAAACGUUUUCCCGACGGGGAAAAAUGCGAAAACAAACGGCCACACACUGCCGCUCCGGGCAAAGUUCAAAACGCAGUUCCCAAGCCUAAAAUGCCCUUCAGCAAACGGAGCUACUCGAUUGGCACUUUAGCGCCGCCAUUCUCUCUUUGGCCGGACGGAACUAAAAGACAGGACUACCCUGACCACUGGAGGCUCGCCUCUGUCUAUCAGCACUCUUACAAGCCAGUCCACUUAAGGAAGAAGACCCUUCUUGCUAGUAUUUUCCAAUAAGGCUCUACUCUUGUGCACAUAAACUAGGGUAAAUUUAAGAACCUCUGUAAAUUCCACUGUUUUACCUUUGAAAGAUUGAAUUGAAUAAUAUUUUAAACUGUUGAUGCCAAUGGAGUAACAACUCCAGUUCAAUUUCUAACGAUUUCUUCAAGACAUUUAAGCAAAAUAAGUACUCUUAAAUGAGCCAAGGAGGUUGAUUUUCAGUUGCCAAUGUGUAGUUUAAAAAAAAAAUUACUUGUUAACUACCUUCUUCUGUAGUUAAACUUCAUUGGAUUUAACUUGUUAUAAAUAAUAUGAAUUUUUAUAUUA